UGCUGAUAACGUAGGCUAAAUUAUAGACACAAUAUGCCACUAUGCUUCAACUGCCUGACGUUAGCAAUCGCACCAAUUUUAAAAUACGUUAUUUAAUUCGGUUAACCCCGCCACCAUUACAUCUCUCGAAUCGGUGGGGGAAGAAGUAAUAAAUGCAACAAAUUUUUAUAUCAAGGGGAUGGCUCUUUCAUCCGAACUUAAUCGGCGCUUAAGCUCAGGUGAACCCUUGAGUAAGCGAUUAAAACUAGCAGAGAAUGUUUUUCUCAGCAGAGAUGUUUCAAUAAAUCACAAGGAGGACAUCAUUGUCCAAUGGCUCUGCAAUGUUGCACUAAUGGAUCCUUCCGCUUGGAAGAGCAUGAAACGUUUGGCAGAGAAGCAAUUGAUAAACAAUUCAACAAAUUUAAGUUCUGGUACAAAGGAACAUCUCGUGAAAACUUUAGAGACCAAACUGAAACUCCUAAAAGAAGACCUGCCAGAUGAAUUCUUUGACUUCUGUAGUUGGAUUUUAUCACAUCCAGAACUACAGCAAUAUUUCCAAACUGAUGUGCAAAUAUUUGGAAAAUUUAUACAUACACUAUUACUGAGGAUGAAGUUAGAAAUCUCUACAACUGUGUCAAGUACCAGCCAACCCGAGUCUGUGACAAAGUCUGUCAUUCUCAGACAUGCUUGCAUCACGAAUACUAUCAACAGUAUUUUACAGAUACACAGACAGUGUUCGGAUAAAGACAAACUGGCUGAAGUAUUGGUAAACUUUAUCCUAAGUCCCCUCUGUGGCCUUAGUGGUAAUAAUUUUGAGAAUACAAACCGUGUUGGUGCUGAAACAUACAAAUGUAUUCAGAACAUAUUAUUUGGAAAAGAAAGGUAUACAGAAUACAAAGAAUAUACCCAAGAAACCAAAGAAGGCCUACCCAGUGUGUUAUUCUCUUUCAUCGAGCAAAUCAGAGAUGAAAUGGAAUCUGAGGAAUUUAUAAUAAUGUUGAACUACUUAUUUAUGGCUGUGGUUGGCUCUUAUAAAUCUGACGCAGCAUUGAUCGAUAGUUUAUUCAGAAGGCUGAUCAGUUCAUCUGGCAGAAUUAAAAUCAUGGCUGUCAAUUCCUUGAUAGAAUGGCUUAGAGAUAUUUCCCUAGAUUAUGAUGAUAAGGUUGAUGGUUUGACUUUGAUGGACUUUUUUUGUAACCUGAUAGACGAAAAUCUCCAAAGCAAACGCUUGAAAAGCCACAAUUAUCAUUUGAUCAGCCAAAUUGUUAAAUUGAAUGUUUUGAUAAUUGAAAAGAAAAUGCCUAUGAUUUUUAAGAGGGUCUUGCUAGCACCGAGAAAAACAGAUUCUGAGGUAGAAUCUUACAGUCAUUUGAUGAUUAGCACAUUGGAAGCAAGCUCGCGUCUCAGACGUGAACAAAAACUCAUCCCAUGGUUGCUGCAAGCAUUGGAAGCAUCACUCUCUACAAAUGACUGUGAAAUGCUCACAGUGCGACAAAUUCUCCCGAUUGAGUUUUUAACAGAAUUUACCUCACUUGUCGAAAGGUUUCAGAAUGCGCAGACUAUAGCAAUGUUGAAGUCUUUUAUCUUCCAUCUGAAGUCGAACUGCAUUGAUAAAUUGGAAACAGAUAAUGCUCCAUCUAUUUAUGUCAUGGCCGAAUGCAUCGUUGAGCUCCUUGAGGCAUUCUUUGAAGGCAUCAAAAUCUAUCAGCAUACAGUGCCACUCCUACUACAAGAAAAAUUUGUUGAUGUUCUAAGUGAACUGAGAGACAUUCUCGCUCAAUUAGCUGCGCUUGUCGCAAAUAAUAAAGGCAAUGAAAGGAUGAUUGCUGUAUUAUUGAAAGCUACCUUGUCGUGGAGCCAAGUCCAGGGUAUGCUAGUCAACUAUGCCCCCAAAUCUGGAGCAGAAAAUACUAUUUUUCCGAUCUCUGACAAGUGUUUGCGAAAACUGACAAAAAGAAUCGACAACUUUGGUAAUUUAGCCUGUAAAACAGCCCUGAACAAACUUCAGUUUCAUAGAAUGAAAUUUAAUUACCUCUACGAGCCACAGGGAAAAUUGGCUGAUAUAAUUGGCGGUCUUGAGGAAUCCUGGGUAAUUAUUCUCAACGAUUAUCCUGAACUUAUCCCUAUGCUCACCAGUGAGCAACUAUCGGAGCUGGCUUCUUUAUUGCUUCAAGAAGUCAUGUUGGAAGAGAGUAACGUCGAAAAGUGGUCCCAAAUAUUGGGAUACAAAGAUCUUGCCGAAAAUAAAUCAUUCGUUGUUGCGUUGCUCUGCCAGACAUUGAUCAAUAUUGGUUCAUUGACCGAAGGAAGCAUGACCGCGGCUGUAACAUCUCACAUCAAUAUCAUCAAAAUAUUGGAGCAGGGCAUGAAUGAUGAAGCCGGUGUUCCAGCCUUGAAAAGUAACAAUAUUAUCAAUGAUAUAGUUGUGAGGCCGAGACUCGUUGAGAAGUCUUCCCAAGCAAUUAUAAAUUGUCUCAACAUUUUGCUCUGUUUACCAUUGAGACUGCUUAUUGCACCGGUGAAAACAUUGACGUACGUAAUAAUGUACGUGCUUGGUAGAGAAUUACAACAUAACAAGAAAAUUGGAAUGCUGUGCGACAGUGUAUUACUUGAAACUUUAGAGAAAGGUAGGAUCAAUAUACUAAAAUUCAUUGGCCUGGAGUUGUUGCUGGAACAACCUCUGACUCGCAAGGCUUUGCAAGAGAGUUUAAAAAUGAUCAUGCUCGACAAGUUGGUAUCUCCAGAUGCAGUUGAUCCAUUUGCCAGCCUUCAUAAAUGCCCUGACAAAGUGGUUCCUGAUGUUUUAUUUUGUAUCAAGAUAGUAAACCCAAAAUUACACAAUUCAAGGAAACCACUGUUCAAAGAUCUAGAAGAAAAAUUGAGUAAAAGGUUUUUGACCAGUGAAGCAAUGAGAUCCAAAACUACGAACAAUACGAGGGAUCUUAUCCUGAAUGUGCAAAAAGCAAUCGGUGACGAUAGUAUCGAAGCAGAACUUAAAAACUCUGUAAUAUUACAGUUGCAAUCUAUCUUUCAGGCAGGAGCAGAGGAUAGCCACGAAUCAGACGACGAAAAAGCUAAUUUGAUUGAAGAAAAAAUCCAACUGGCCACACUAGCAUUGAACGAAAAAUUUCGUUCCUAUUUAUCUGAGGUUCUUAUCACUGAUAUUGGAAUAUGGAUCAUUUGUAAUCCAGAGAAAAAACUAUUGAGCCGGUACAUUGAGAGCAGAACUCCGCAAGAGUACAAAAAAUUCCUGCAUGCCCUGAACGAAAGAACGAAAAAAUAUCUCAAUCUAAACAAUAAGGAUAAGUCGGAAAAAAUCUUUGUUGUUUGGAGGUACAUCUUGGAAAACAGCUUACCUAAUAGCAAACAUAAGCAUAGACUAGAAGAAGUUCGGAGAUUGCUUAUGUCUAUGCAUCAGUUCGAUGUAACCAGAGAAUGUUGGUCGGACCUGAUAAACAUAUUGCGCAUUAUGAUUGACUCAAAGCAAUUGGAAUUGCCGAGCUCUCACAUCGAUUUAAUGAUACUGGUUGUUGGGAAAACAUUGAGAGGAUUUGGAUCGGAAGUUUGCAAUGACAUCGCACUGUUGUGUUUAUCCUUAUUAAAGUCAAGAAUGGAUGUAAUGAUAGACAAGCUUCCACAGCUGUUAAGCCUCUAUGAACAAAUUAUUCGGAUCCUAGCUCGCGAGGCUAAAAAAGAAUGCACGGUAGACAAAUUUCAGUUGGGAAACUGCGCUCUAAGCAUUGAAAAGCUAACGAGUUCUUUGGUUAAACUGAAAAAAGAUCUGGCUAGACUCACACCUUACAUCAUCGCGGAUAUCAUCGACGUAUUCAACGAAGCUGAGUUGCAACCGUCCGUCAAAGUACCUUUUGAAAACUGUGUAAGACAUUUACUAAGUGUUAAUGAUCUACACGGAGUAAAUUUCCUCCAUAGAAAUUUGCCAGCCUCAAAGCGUGAGAAAUGCAAAGCCCUCAUUGAAUCGUACAACAAGGAGUUCAAGUUCACUGGAAAAAUAUGAUUUCUCAUCAUAUCAACAUUUUUAUUUACAACUGUUCCAAACUAUGUUUCGCUAUUUUUUACUUUACAGCAAUUGAACACCGAUAAUGAAUAAAAAUAUUUUAACUUUUGUUAAUAA